GAAUAAAAAAUAAUAAAAUUAAAAAAUAAAUUUGAAGAGUUUGAAUUUGAAAUUGUAUUGAAUUGAUGUUAAAGACAAUGUUUGUUGUAGGUCCUAUAUUUUGUGUGUUGCUGCUGAAAGUUUCUGUGCUGCUUAAAAACAAAAAUCUAGUGAAUUUCUGCUAUUAGGUGUUCAAAAACCAGACCCCUUACCCUUCCUAAUUAUAGUAAGUAUAUGGUUGAUAAUUGAGCGGAGACGGAAGAAACUGGAACCCUUCAACGAGGGAAUUGGGUGGAAUUGGGGACGCGUACGCCUUACCAUUUUAUGGUCUAUCAUUACUAGAGAGGCAAUAAAAGAGAGCAGACACUAACAAAUAAAGGUACCACUAUAGAGAGAAGAAUUGUGUGUAUUCUCUACGCCGUCCCCAAUGCUAGCAACGAAUCUAGGGCGCGCGUAAAUUGAUUUCAUUGGUCUAUUUAACGUCCACGACAAAACUUCUCGUUCCCAUCUAUCUUUAUUCACUGCUAUUACCCUUUUUUAAUUCCAAAAAUCAAGGAUUGGUCAAAUAUCAAACAUAAAUACCUCUCAACUUCUAUUUCAACAAUUUAGGAAUAAAUAGUUUUUUAGACAAAAUAUUUGACUUUUUUUAUUAUCAAGCUGCUAUAUUUCAUAUUUUCUGCUAGUACAGCAUGUCAAGAUUUACAAAAUCGCAACAAGGUGCAAGGAAAUUGGUAUAUGAGGGGUUCGCGUACACAAAACAUCGUCUUAGUGUUGAUGGACGUAGAACCUAUUGGCGUUGUGAGAGACGUAGUUCAUUAACAGGCUGCCAUGGACGUGCUGUUACUAUUGGAAAUGAGGAGGGGCAACCUGUUCUUUUAACUGUUCACCAUAAUCACCCUCCAUCUGAAAAAUAUGGACCAUUGACUGGAGGGACUGGAGUGCAUGGCUGGGCAAUUGGAGGUGAUGUUGUCGGUACUUCUUCCACUACUCCACCACCAACUAAUGUUCGCGGAGUUCCUGUCGUUCCAAAAAUUUCUCGUUGUGAUAUUGCAAGAACGUAUGGGGAAACUGCUGUGAAUUCUUCACGGAAACGCCGUUUUGAAUCUCCCCAGUUUCCAUUUGCUCUUUCUCUCCCGCCAUUUAUUGGAGAUGGGGAGCCUCCAAACCUUACUAAAGCUGAUGAGACUCCCAAUUCUCCUCAAAAUUGCUCUUCCUAUUCAACUUUGGAACAAUUUAUCAAUUCUCAUUCUGACAACAAUUUACCCCCUUUUCUUGAAUCGGCACAGGAUAACUUUAACGUCGAAAUUCCAAUAAAACGCCCUCAUUUAGAGGAUAAUAAUGAUGGCGCAGAAUUGGGAGAACUUUAUUCGACGGAGGGAUUUUUUGAUCCAAACAAUGAAAGCUGUAAGGACAAUGAACGUACAGCUAAAUUAGAUCUAUUGAAGAAAGAGUGGGAAGGUAGAUUAUAUAUUUAA